CUUAAAAAAAGCAAAAUGCAAUUUGUUCCGCCGCUUUUAUCACCUGUCAAAAACUAUUUAAGUCAGCAACCCCCCAUUAAGAAGUUAAUUUGCAUCUCAGAACCAUUCGACUCGAAAUCAUCGAAAGAAGAAAGCGACAUGUUGUUUUGUCUGCUUCAGAAACACUUGACAACGUUCUUCACCCUUCUCGCGCAGGGGUAUCAACAGGCCGUGGUUCACAAAUUUAACGGUUUAACUGAAAAACCGAGUACGAGCGACCGCCGGCCUGUUUUCCAUACAGAUAUAAAUAACGCACCCGGCCGUAAUCUAUCAUGUCACUGCCUUUCGAAAAUGACUCUGGAGAAUGGUUCCAAAAUAGUCGUAAAUGCAUUUCAGCCGUGCAGAAAUAAGAAUCACGAACUUUUCUAUAGUGGGAAAGCAAGGGCCAGAGUGCAAUCGUACCGUCUUAAAAGAUCUCUGACUAACAUUUUACUAGUCAGGGCUAAGGAGAAAUCAUUGUUUAAUUCGAAGAACAAUGUGAAUGUUUCGACUUCGGACUUGCAGAAAAUGAAAAACGCCAGCCAUGCCAGAAGAAGUAACGUUAACACUUUUCAAUAUUUUCAGAUAAAACCGCUCAGGUUCAACACUGAAUUGAGGAGUUGGACUGGGAUCAGCGGUGGAAACCGGAUUGACAACAUAUCGGACCUUUUGGGGAAGGACAGCAUAACGCAAAAAAUAAAUCUAUCACUGCACAGCCCGUCGAUGUAUCGACGCCGUUUGGAGAAAGAAAAAAUCAUCAAAUUCAGCGCAUUCUAGAAGCAAUGAGGCAGUGAAGAAUAGGACCACUUAAAGUGUCUGCAAAACAAGCGUCAAUAAAUAUGAUAUAACUAAUCCAUGUUUACCUUUAUAAAGACGUUAACGUUAGAAUUUAAAACACUAACAUUAUAGUAAAUUUUUCUGCAGUAAUUAUUGGCAAAAAUAAUAUUUUAAAGACGUAGUAAAAUAAAUAUAGUAAUACAAUAAUUAAUAGAAUUUGAGGGCGCCGGUGGACGCAAUGAUUAAAGCGGGGAACACAAUUAUCCGAUGCAACGCUAUGCGACGUGACCGACGCUACCCGACCACUCGUCUCGUUUUGGUAGUGUGUGCACAUCUAUUCGACGUCAAACGCAGUCACACAGCGUGUAUCGCAAUCGCAACGCCUCUUUUGUUCUUAAUGCACUAUUUUGAACAAAAUUUUUAUGAGCAAAUCCAUGAAAUAAAUUGAUUCUAUCAAUAAAUUGUAUUCCGGUGUUUUGAUCAAUUUUCUGCCAAAUCAUUAAAAUUAAUUUUUUUAGAUAAAAACUAAUGAAUUUUUGAUCUCGCUUAAUUUGUUUUAUAUUAAAAUAAGUAUGUUGAAUUUAUAUAACGACAAUAAUACAUAUAGUUUGACAUAAAAAUAUGAGUGUCCGGUUCUUUUGUCUUCGACUGUACUCGAUGCUACUCGACGAAAAAUCUGGACGGUGGGGAUCGAGUAGCGUAGAGUGGCGUCGGGCAGAUGUGCACGGGUAAUACGAUCUUAUGAAAAAUUGGGAUUUGGAUAUGCAAUUGAUCGGGUAGCAUCGGGUAAGUGUGUACCCAGUUUAAGUCGUUGAUACGGCGCCACAUCAUUGUAAGGUAAUAUUCCGGGUUCGAAUCCAGCGGCCCUGAAUUCAAACUCGACAUACUUACCAAUGUUUUUUUUGUUUUUUCAAAAACACCGGCACCCCAAGGGUUGAUAGGACCUCUGCUGUUGCGAACGCUUGUAAAAAAAUCGAAUUUAAUAAGUAUACAAUGAAACAUUAUUGCUUAUUAUUAAAUUGAACAAACCAUGUAAUAAUAAAAACAAAAUUAUCCAUUAGCGUCUUUAAAAACUAACCCUAAAUGUAUAAGAUAAUUAUUUGUAGCAUUGCUAAGUACUAUUAAAUUAAUAAAAUAAAUAUUUCAAAAAUAUGUUUGGUAUAUCUCGCAUGUUCUAUAUCAAAUUAUUGAAUGAGGAAAAAUUAUGUUGUUUUUUUUAGAAUUGAAACUUUGUAUUAGACGCGAUACACAUUGCUACAAGUUCAAAUCUCUAGCAAUUUGCAUCAACAUGAAUGUUUUUUAAUGCAGGAUUGUCACCCCUUCAAUGUAUCUAAGAUGUACCAUUACACUUUUGUAAACUUAUAAAUCUCAAUACCACCUUAAAUAGAAGUCAAAACUAUCUAUACCAAAUAUAAAAAUUUGUCGUUUUAGCAAAUCGCUGAUUUUUUAUUUCACUAGUAAACGCGUGUUUGUAUUUUUGUUUUGUUCGCUCUUUCUUCUAGAACGUACUAAUUUUCACAUUCAAUAAUUUGACAUGGAAAAAAGUAUUAACAAUAAAAGUCAUUGCAUUUAAAAAAAAUUAAUUCUUUAAGGCAUACUAAAGAAACCCAUUGUAACUAAUAAUCAGUUUUAAUUUAAAAAAUAUUCAGUAAAAUAUUACAUUCAAUUUUAUAACUAAACAAUAAUUUAUCGAUUAGUU